GACUGGCAUUCACAGUGAACGCCACGUGCUAGAAGGAGGAAUUGUUUGGACCUGCACGACAUCUGAAUCUGUGCCCAGGGUAUCUAACCAUGGCCAGUGAUUCCGGCAGCGACUAUGAGGUGGAGGCCUUCAUCAAGCCGAAAAGGAUCAGGAAAACCGUCAACGAUGACAGCGCAGAUCUGCUGGGCAACUUCGAUGACGAGAAGCGCAAAGAGAUCUUUGAGGGGACUUACGUCGACAAAGAGGAUCCACGCAAUCCAAGUGAUCGGGAGGAAAGUGAGGAUGAUGAUGAGGAGCGUUCCGAUGGAGAGCAAGGUGUAGAAGAAAACAGUGAGGGCUCAGAGUCCGAGGAUGACGCUGAAGAAACCCCUGGAAACGGCUCGAUAACAAAUGACCAGUUGAGCUCCCUGCUCCGCGGAGCUUCCAAGACCAACAGACACGUUGUGUAUGUUACCAACCUCAACUUUGAGACUACCAAGGAUGAUCUGGAGAACCAUUUUGGUGCUGUAGGAAUUGUGAAAUCCAUACGCAUCCCAAAGAAACGUAGAGGAGGCUUCGCCUUUGUGGAAAUGGCAGACCUGCCGAGCUUUCAGCGCAGCUUUCAGCUGCACAACACCGAACUUCAGGGGAGAAACAUAAAGGUGCAGAUCUCUGAGGCAGGCAAGAAAAAGUCUGCCAACAAGAAAAACAUCAUCAAACAGAAGAACCGAAAGCUAGCUGAAAUGCGCAAUGAACAGAAGACCUUCACCAAGAGCGGGAAGUUCUACGACAAGGACCUCAAGAAGGAGAAGGCUAAGGAGCUACUGGCCCGCAAAAGGUGGCGCAAGAAGCCGGCCGCCCCUAGGUCCUAAUUAGUUUAACUUAUAUACCGUUAACUGUAGAAGAACUUACUUAUUAUUAAAAACAAAUUAAAUUACAACUAU